AUGGCCGCCUCGCCCCAUAAAUCGAAGCGGAUCGUUUCCGUCGUAGCGGCCACCCUGGUUGCUCUCGCGUGUGGUACCAAUUAUGCAUACUCGGCAUGGGCGCCCCAAUUUGCGCAACAAAUGAAGAUUUCCUCUACCGAAAGCAACUUCAUUGGCGCGGCUGGGAAUUUGGGCAUGUAUGCAUCGGGAAUCCCAUUGGGUCUGUUGACAGAUGCUCGAGGUCCGCGUCUGACGACUUUCUUGGGUGCAAUCACGCUGGGAAUCGGCUACUAUCCCAUCUAUCUGGGCUUCGGAAGUUGCUCGGCGUUCUCAGCGUCAAUCAAGACAUCGGCUUCCAACUUCCCCGAUCAUCGUGGAACAGCGACUGCUUUCCCCUUGGCCGCUUUUGGGCUGAGUGCGUUCUUCUGGUCGACCGUCUCCUCGAUUCUCUUCAAGGACGAUACAGGCCGCUUCCUCCUUUUGCUGGCUCUGGGCACCUGUGCCCUAAACCUCGUUUCGAUCCCGUUUCUUCGUAUCAUGCCUCCUAGUGAGCCAUAUAUGCCACUCGGACGGGGCAGGUCCCCUGGCGUAGAAUCUCAACGACUACGCACUACUAGAUCUACAGAAUUCCGGCAUAGUCUGGAAGAAUCUGAUGAAGCAGGUACGCAGACCUCUAUAACCUAUGAAUCCUGUCCCGCAGCGCGUGACAGGUCGCACUCGGUCGUGUCGAGUCCCCAUCACCCCGGCCACAGCCCCGAUAUUGACGAAACAUCCUCCUUGGUGUCCAAAGUUCCUUCACGCUCUUCCCGAGAAUACCUCACCCAACACGAGGAGGAUGACGAUGCUCUCUCCGAUGUUGCUCUUGAAUCCCCGCACCCGGAUGUUCGCGGCUUGGCGAUGCUUCCGAAGAUUGAGUUCUGGCAACUCUUUUUGACGAUGGCCCUUCUUUCUGGAAUUGGUUUGAUGACCAUUAAUAAUAUUGGCAACAGCGUAAGGCGACUCCGUAUGACCCCUUCCAUAUCAGCUGAUCUAAUUGUUUCGCAGGCCAAGGCACUUUGGCAGUACUACGACGACAGUGCAAGCCCGAAGUUUAUUCAACAGCGCCAGGUUAUGCAUGUCUCGAUUCUGUCUUUUGGCAACUUCAUUGGUCGGCUUUCUAGCGGUAUUGGCUCCGACCUUUUGGUGAAGAAGCUGAACAUGUCGCGAUUCUGGUGUCUGUUCAUCUCCGCCUUUGUCUUCACCAUCACCCAGCUUGCAGGCUCCGCCAUCUCCAACCCUCAUCAACUAGCCAUUGUAUCCGGAUUCACCGGUAUCGCCUACGGCUUCCUUUUUGGCGUCUUCCCAUCGCUGGUCGCCCACACCUUCGGCAUCGGCGGCCUCUCGCAGAACUGGGGUGUGAUGACGCUUGCGCCCGUGCUGAGCGGCAACGUCUUCAACCUGCUCUACGGCAGCAUCUACGACCGCCACUCGAUUGUCGAACCCAACGGAGACCGCGACUGUCCGGAUGGUCUGGCUUGCUACCAGGCUGCGUACUACACGACGUUCUUGUCCGGCGUAGCCGGUGUGGUCGUCUGUCUGUGGAGCAUCCUUCACGAGAGACGCAUCCACGGCGCGAUGCACAAGAAGGUCGAGCAUGACCGACUUGCUUAG